CUGCCCGCAUUUCCUUUCUUCCUUCAUUCCCAAGUCAAAUUUCAAAACCAGCAUUCCACCCUCUCUCUCUCUCUCUUCUCUCUCCAUUCUGCAAAGCCCAGCAGCAGCCAUGUCUACUCAGAUAGUGGACUACGAAACACCCGAGGAAACCCACGAUUACUACGGUGUGAUUUUCAUGGACGACACGAUCCAGACCCUAGUAACCAUCACACCCGCCAUGGUGGAUUUUUGGAUCUCCGAGAUCCAGCGCAUCCACCGCCGGCGGCUGCGCCACCUCAUCGUCGGCCUCGACAUCGAGUGGCGCCCUAACAAAAGCCGGUACUCCAACAACCCCGUCGCUACUUUGCAGCUCUGCGUCGGCCGCCGAUGUCUCAUCUUCCAACUCAUCUACGCCCCCCACAUUCCCCAAUCCCUCUCGCGGUUCCUCGCCAAUCCCGACUACACCUUCGUCGGCUUGGGCAUAGCCAGCGACGUCGAGAAGAUGGCUGACGAUUACGGCCUGGAAGUGUCGAACAGCGUCGAUCUCAGGGAAUUGGCGGCCUGCACACUGGACGCCCGGGAGCUGUGCAGGGCGGGGCUCAAGACCCUGGCCAGGGUGGUUCUUGGGAAGGAGAUCGAGAAGCCGAAGUCGGUGACUAUGAGCAGGUGGGACCAGGAGUGGCUGAGCUACGAGCAGAUACAAUAUGCCUGUUUGGAUGCUUUUCUUUCUUUUGAGAUUGGGAGGAUCUUGAACGCGUCGCACUGGUGAAGGAUCCGGCUGAAAAGUGGAAUUGAUCGAUGUUGGUUUUGUAGGGUUGUUUGAAUAUUGGGUUUGGGGGUGCGUUUCAAUCGCUUUUCCUCUUUUGAAUUUUCGGGAAGGAGCUUGCAUGCAUCAGGUAUUAUGAAUGUUCUGUAGGGUUGUUCGAAUAUUGGAUUUGGGGGUGCGUUCAAUUGCUUUUCCUCUUUCGAAUAUUUGGGAAGGAGCUUGAAUCCAUCAGUUAUUAUGAUGUUUUGAAGAACUUUGGAAUUACUAGUAUGUAUAUUGAUGAUGCCUAACUAGCUUUCAGAA